CCUAAAGCUGCAACAAAAAAUAUAAAUGCAAAAGGUGCUGAAAUGUACAUCAGUCCCCUUUUUUCUUUUCUUCUUUUUCAUAAAAAGAUUUCCUUCCCAUUCAAAAAGCCAUCUUCUUAAUUUCUUGUAUAAAAAGUAGAAGUGUGAAUUCUUUGUAGAUAAUCACACUUCUUUAUGUGAAUUGUGACAGAUGCUAGUCUCCUUCUUCUCGUGUGUAUAUAUAUUACGCAGUAAUUAUUAAUAAUUAAUCAUUACAGUGAUAAGAACCAUUCCUUUUUAGGCUUACCGGCGAUGCCAACGCCGGCGACCACUGCCAGGCAAUGUUUAACAGAUGAGGCGGCGCGUGUGUUGGAUGACGCCAUUAAUGUGGCUCGUCGCCGGACUCACGCUCAGACCACCUCACUGCACGCUGUAUCAGCGCUACUGGCGCUUCCCUCUUCCGUACUUCGGGAGGCGUGUGCGCGGGCGAGGAGCUGCUCGUACUCGCCGCGGUUGCAGUUCCGGGCGCUGGAGCUAUCCGUCAGUGUGUCGCUCGAUCGACUACCCACAGCGAAAUCCCUAGACGAGCCGCCGGUUUCCAACUCACUUAUGGCUGCAAUCAAGCGCUCGCAGGCGAAUCAGCGGAGGCACCCCGACACAUUUCACCUGUAUCAGCAGCUGCAGAACCAGGGUUCCUGCUCGUCUUCUUCGAUUUCGACUCUCAAAGUUGAGCUGAAGCAUUUUGUGCUGUCCAUCCUCGAUGACCCUAUUGUAAGUCGGGUCUUAGGAGAAGCGGGUUUCCGGAGCUACGAUAUCAAGCUCGUGAUUCUGAAACCCCCAACCAUUUCCAGACUCUCCGCAAAUCCACAUCCGCCCCUGUUUUUCUGCAAUUCGACUGAUUAUUAUGAGCUCAACAGACGCCCCUUCAACUUUCCGUUUUCUACAUUUUCUGGAAAUGAAAAUGUAGACGAAAACUCCAGAAGAAUCGGCGAAGUUCUCGUGGGGAAAAGCUCGAGGAACCCGUUGCUAAUCGGGGCUUGCGCGAAUGAUGCCCUACGUAACUUCACAGAGUGCGUAGAAAAGGGUGAUGAUAGCGCCCUUCCCUAUGAAAUAAACGGCGUGAGUGUAAUUUGCAUUGGAAAAGAGAUCUCCGAGUUUUUCCGGACAGGUGAGAGCGGAAAAAGGGUGAUGGAUUUGAAGUUUAAGGAAUUGAGUGACGCAGUGGAGGGUUGUACUGGGCCGGGGCUGGUGGUCAACUAUGGUGAAUUGAAGGUGUUUGUUGAUGGCGACCGAACAGAGGCGGUGAAGUAUGUGGUUUAUGAGCUGAAGAGAUUGGUGGAAGUUCAUCGUGGGAAAUUGUGGCUUGUGGGAUCGGCAGGCAGUGAUGAAAGUUACAUAAAGUUCUUGGGUCGGUUUCCCUCUAUUCAAAAGGAUUGGGAUUUGCAUCUUCUUCCCAUUACUACUUCAGCAUCUAUAACUGGAAGGUUUAACCCCAGAUCCAGCUUGAUGGGUUCGUUCGUUCCAUUUGCCGGAUUCUUUCCAACACCAUCCGAGUUUGAAAAUGUACAGAGCAACAUAAAUCAGUCCAUUGCUCGUUGCAACCUUUGCAACGAAAAGUACGAGCAAGAAGUUACCAGCCUUUUGAAAGGAUCCACUACUACUUCAGUAGCUGAUCAACACCCUUCUAAUGUUCCUCCUUGGUUACAAAUGGCUGAAUGUGGAACAAGCUGUACAAUGACUGUGAUAGAGUGCAGGCCAAAAAUGACAAUGUUUUCAACAUCAGAGUUGUGGGUUUACAAAAGAAAUGGAACGAUAUAUGCCAACGUCUUCAUCAAUCACAGUCAUCUCCACCCCAUGUUUUGCCUGCUGCAAUGGGUGAAUGUAAAAGUCAAGAUUCAGUUUUAUUAGCUGAAAGCCAGUUCAGUGAGCAAAAUAUCUCUCCAUCCAGUAAACUAGUGUUACCCAAACCUAUGGUCUGUACUGUAUCCACGGAUCUAGGAUUGGGAACCAUAUAUGUAUCCACGGAUAAAAGGAAACCAGAACAAAGUGUCAAAGAUCAUAAAGACCGCCUUCAGCAUAUCUCUGGCUCAGUUUCUUCUUGUGGGCUCCUUCCUCAUGUGGUAGGAGAUGGCCUGGCUUCAAAAGACUUUAAGUACAUACAUAAAUCUCUUGCUGAGAUUGUUUACUGGCAAGAUGAGGCAAUUUACACCAUUAGCCAAACAGUAUCGAGUUGCAGAAAUGGACAAGUAAGAGGUCAUGGUCGAAACAGGGGAAAUAUCUGGCUCUCCUACCUUGGACCUGACACAGUGGGGAAAAGAAAGAUUGCGAGAUUCCUUUCUGAAAAAGUCUUUGGAAGCCAGGGUAGCUUGCUGUUUGUGGAUCUCAGCUCCAAUCAUAAUGAGAUUAAUAACUCCUCUAACUCUAUGUUCGACCAUUGUGGUUUCAAAAGCCAUGAUGUGAGCAUUAGGGGGAAAGCGGCUGUUGACUGCAUCGCUGAUGAGCUAAGCAAGAAAUGCUAUUCUGCUGUGCUUCUUGAAAAUAUAGAAAAGUCUGACUUUCUCAUUCAGAACAGCCUCUCCCAGUCGCUGAAAACGGGCAAGUUCCCAGAUUUGCACGGAAGGGAGAUCAGUAUAAAUAACACGGUUUUUAUGAUCACUUCAAACAGUUCAAAGUACUCAAAGGAUAAACCCAAUUGCCUUGCAGGUUCAGAUUCCCCCCUUUAUUCAGAAAGAAGCAUACUUGCAGCCAAAGACCUGCCAAUGAUGAUUAUCACGGGACCGAGGACUCGAGGCGGAAUGAGAAUGGAGAGCAUGAAUGUGUUUAUCAUCACUUCUAGGAACAGAACACCAAACACCUUUUCUUUAAACAAAAGAAAACUGAUGUACUCCAACAAGGUGACUUGUCGAAGUUCUAAAAGAGCAUCAAAAGUUUCUCUUGAUCUGAACCUGCCUGUGGAGGAAGAGAUGGAAGGGGAGGAUGAUAGUGACAACUCUAAUAGUGACUCCGGCUAUGACAGUGCAACAGCAGAAUGGUUCGAUGAUUUUCUGAAGCAGACAGAUGAAAACGUGAUCUUCAAGCCUUUUGACUUUGAUGCUCUUGCCAAGGAAAUUCUCAAGGGGAUCAACGAUAAACUGGUGGAGGUUUUCGGAACAAAUACUAUUCUAGAGAUUGAUCAGGAACUAAUGAUUCAGAUGCUUGCGGCUGCUUGGUUAUCGGACAGAAAAGAAGCAGUGAGCGAAUGGAUCAAAGAGGUUAUGGGCAGGAGCUUUUUGGAAGCUCACACUAGAUUCCACUUCACAGCAGAUAAUAAUGCAAUUAAAUUAGUUGCAUUUGAAGGAAUUCCUGUAGAAGCUCAUUCUUGUAGAAUUCGCCUUCCAGCCAGAGUGUGUGUAAUGUAAUGAUCACCUAAUUCCGUUUUUGUUUUUCAUUUUUUGCAGGUAUAUAAAAUUCUUCUGAAUCUUUAAGGAUGUUUUGUUAGUAGGUUUUGUGGGCUGAAUUGCCUGUUUUGGAUGUAUACCUGUAAUUUUUGUUGCCGCUUCGGGAUACUUUGUAGUUUGUAUCUAUUUUUCAAUUCUUGCAAGUCCAAAUUGCUGUUCACUUUUAUAAUGAGCGUGAUGUGUAUGUUAUUCCAUAGUUC